AUGGCAUCCAUUAACAUGUCAUAUUUGAACCCCAGAACUGUAAUCUUGAUUGGAAUUCCUGGACUACAACAUAUGCAGUUUUGGAUUGGGUUUCCUUUUUUUGCUGUGUGCCUGGUGGCUCUUUUGGGAAACAUCAUUUUACUGAUCAUAAUCCCUAUGGAACGCAGCCUACACCAGCCCAUGUACAUCUUCCUGGCAGUGUUGGCAGCCACUGACAUAGGACUCUGUGCAGCCAUUGCUCCCAAGAUGUUGGCUAUCUUCUGGUUCAGGUCUUACUCCAUGGCCUUUGACACCUGCUUAGCCCAGCUGUUCUUCAUUCAUGCCUUGCAGUGCAUGGAGUCUGGUAUUCUGUUGGCCAUGGCGUUGGACCGCUAUAUUGCCAUCUGUGAUCCUCUGAGGCACACAUCCAUUCUCACACCUUCAAUUCUGGGUCGCAUGAUGGUGAUAGUGGCAAUUCGAGCUACAGUGUUGGUGGGUCUCUUACCCAUUCUAAUCAAAAGAUUGCACCUUUUCCAUUCCACUGUAAUUGCCCACUCCUACUGUGAGCACAUGGCUGUGGUCAAGCUGGCUGCAGAAGACAUCCGUGUCAAUAACACAUGUGGUCUUUUCGUAGGUUUUACAAUUCUGGGAUUUGAUAUGAUUUUCAUCCUCAUUUCCUAUACCCUUAUUUUCCAGGCUGUUUUUCGUCUACACCAAAAGGAGGCACGGCUCAAAGCAUUCAACACAUGCACAGCUCACAUUUUUGUUUUCCUUGAGUUUUAUAUUCUUGCCUUCUUCUCCUUCUUCAGCCAUCGUUUUGGACACAUUGUCCCUUCUACUCAUAUUCUUCUGUCUACCAUCUAUCUUCUUGUACCACCUGCACUGAACCCUAUUGUCUAUGGGGUAAAAAAUAAGGUAAUUUGUAAGCGUGUGGCACAGGUUUUUCUUCUGAAUCAUGGAUCCCAACAGUGA